GUAAACAUGGCUUCUAAUACAACCUUAGCUUACAUUGCUCACACUAAAUCCUGAACCGUUUAGCCUACAGGAUGAAACAAGUAUGACAGGACUGUAGAAUUAAUGUCCAGUGACGAAGAAAUAUGGCGACAUCCAUGAACAUGUUGAAGUCUCUUCUUUUGCUUCAUGGGCAAACUGUCAGGUUUAUCAGUAAAGCACAAUGUAGAGAUGUAGUGAGAAGACAGUGUGGUAGAAGAUGCAGUAGUACAAAUGUUAUGCAGGCUACGGGUGAUAGGUACGAUCUAUUAGGAGCUGUUUGUCUGGAGAGAAAACCAAUUAUUGUACAGAAAAAAACUCAAAUAGAAGAAAAAUACAACACAAUGAUCCGUCGAAUAGAAAACGAACACAGCUUAUUGUCAGACCACGAAUUAAGGCACAAGGAAGAUUUGUUAUACGCUGAAAAAUCAAAAGAAGAUGAUUUUGAAGAAACAGAAAUUGAUGGAACUCGACAAACAGCUCUAGAUAGAGAAGAUAUCUGGGAAUCUGAAGCUAAAGCAUUUAUUACUGCCGACACUAUUACUGAAGCAGAUAAGACAGAUGAUAGAAGAUCUUUAGAAAGAAAAUUAGAUGAAAAACUCAUAUUAAUCGUCAAGCAAAAGUUAGGAAAUACAGAAAAAUGGAUAUUACCUCAAUCUUCGUGGGUGUCAGGGGAAUCUAUGAGGGAGACAGCUACUAGAGCGUUAAAAUCAAGUUGUGGAGAAGUAAUAGAAUCUGUAUUUUAUGGAAAUGCACCAUGUGGCUUCUAUAAAUAUAAUUACCCUAAAACAGUAAAUAAAGAAACCAGAGGAUCCAAGAUAUUUUUCUUCAAGGCCAAGUAUAAGGAAGGAGAAGUUACAAUAAAUAAAGAUAAUGUUAUAGAUUAUUUAUGGGUGACAAAAACAGAACUUAUAGACUAUUUAAAUCGUGAUUAUUAUCGUAGUGUUGAUCAGUUUAUCCUAGAUUUAUAGUAAUAGGUAUAUAGUAAUAAAGUGUUAUUGUGUGUUUA